UAGUUUCGGAGGUGGAAUCUCAGUGCUCUUGUAAACUGCGACGACAGUAUAAAGUCUUUCACGUAACUUCAAAUUUUGCGUGGCGUUUUCAGAACCUCCUCCAGGUGAUGUUGGGCAAAGGAUGAUGUUACGUUUUCUCGCAGACAAAGAUAUCCAUUCAUUCGAGUUAUGCGCAAAAACGCGUCUCGGCGAUUGAAGUCUUCGUGUACGCGGGAGUGAAAGAUGAUUUUCGCGCACUGAGAUUUCUUCUGAGGAUUCGGCGUCUGUGUUUUCUCAGCACACCUUUCAUUUAGAGGAACCUCGGGCUGCGUUUAUCUUGUUCUCAUCGUUUUUGCGCAGUUUUAACAAUGACUGAGAAGAUAGCUCCCUGGUGGAGGUCCUUCGUGGGCAAGAGGAGAAAGGCAGCCAGAGAGUCUGCGGUGACGCUGGAACAGGACCUCCGUAACCAGGCUUCGGCGGGGUCCACGCAGCACCCCUCCGCCGAGCCGGACCAACGGCUCACUUCGGCGACGCGACCGGCGAAAGAAGAGGCCAACUGCUUACCGAGCGACGAAACGUACGACGACUCCGCCGUUCAGCCGUAUUUCAACGAGAGCUCCAAUCGCCGCAGCCUCACCGUGUCCCGCUCCGGACGCUUCAAAGAGAAGCGGAAGACGCGCGCCAGUCUUCCGCAGAACCACGGAGACGACGGGAAAUCAGCCGACGUCCAGUCGACGCGCUGAUCGCCUCCGCGGUUCGGUAGAGCGCUGAGUACGGCACUACCUCCGUUCUGACACUGCUGAACUCGAUUGGACUCGCGAACGCACUUAUAUGAAGUUAUGAGGAUAGACUUUUGGAGUAAGUUAUCCAUAUCACAGAAGCUUUAUUUUUUCCGAUGCUGGAAAUAAUGUCAUUUCCCUACUGAAACAAAAAAAAAAAAAAAAACCUAGCCAGGCUGGUCUUUACGGGUUUUAAAGGGGUUUUGGGCACUUUACAAUAACCGGAAAACCAGCUGGGUGACCAGCUAGACCAGCCUUAACCAGCAAACCAUGUUUUUAGUUUUAUUUUUUUUGGUUAUUGGACAUUCAGUACAAUGAUUUUCGUGAAGGAUGCAACAUAAUGUUUUGGUUGUCAUACAUAAUUUGCACUGUUCUGAGGUGUUAAUGCAAUAUUUUAUGAAGGACUGUACAUUAGAAGGAUUCAGCAGCAAAUAUUUUUAAUGGUUAGCAAUGUGCUGCGAGCAUUGCCUUAUCAUGACUUGUUUUGUAACGCUUGUGCAUGCAUGCCACGGAUUUUUAAAGGGGUUAGGGUGGUGGUCCUAUCCGUCCAGAAUCAGAUUAUUAAUGUAUAUGCCAUCCUACGCAUCAGAAAUCAAAGCCACGAGUUUUCAUGUGUAGUUUGUUUUAUUGACUCCAGGACACCUUGAUAGUAGUGAUUCGUUCUCCUACCGCAAACGUAGUGCUGCAUUUACGUUAGACAAACCAAAGAUUCUACUCUUAUAUCGUUUAGUUAACAGUUAAAGUCAAGAAAAGCAAUUUAACUAAACUAUAGGCUGUUAGUUUAGCAAACAGUGUUUACAGUAGAUAUAUGAGUAUAUUAAGACAUGAGUUGAACUUAGUUACUGUUCAUUCAUCCUAAAUUCGAAUAGAUCCUGAUAAUUGGUUUUUAAAAAACUGUUCAAACUAUGAGAUUUAAUCUGUUUUUUGUUUUUUUUUUGCGUGCAGCUGGUUGUUAGGGAAUAGGCCUAUGUCAUAUGUUCGGGUCCUUUGAGUAGGGAAGAGAUGCACAUGCAGAUUUGAAAUUUGUGUCCACAAUGAAGAUUUAAACAAGAUUUAAUUUCUAUCAGGAGAAAGAGAUGCACUGCACUCUUAUACGUUUGUUUGCUAAAUCUAGCUUGGGAAGGAAGUGUUACUUCAUCGGAUUUUAAUAUUUUCCAUUUAAGGCAUCCAUCUGUGCAUGUGCCGAGCUGUUGUUGCCCCUGAAUGUGCUUACGUGUAUGUGAGUGUUUGUUAUGGGUGGGGUGUACAGACAAGCAAUAGGUCAUUAUUAGAGUUACAGUAUUUAAAACUCCAUCAGUGUGUGCUAAUGCUCGUCACCUCGCCUGAGGCUGUCAUCUUUAACCUCAUCAGCCCUGUAUCACAACAUUCCUUACUCUUAGAAGACAAGUUUCUCAGAGAGCCAGAAUGACUGCACUGUCUUUCCCUAAUAGGGUGGAAAUAUUAGGCUAGAUCAUUUGUAUGGACUUACAAAUGCUUUUCUCAGCAGAGAGUAUACAAGGCUUGCUGAAUCAUGACUGCACUGUUCUCACUGAAUAAAACACAUUUUAGCAUUGUUGUUUGACACACUUGAUAGUUUUUUUUUGUUUUAGCAGUAGAUGAUUUUAUGUUUUCACUCAAUGAAAUAUUCAGAUACUAUCCUUGACCCUAUUACUGAUUAAAUCUGGUUUGGAGGUCA